AUGGCUUCAGAUAAUGAGAGAGAUAGUGUGAGGCUUCGCAGUGAUAGCGAGGCUAUAUCUGGGGAAGAAGAGCAGACUAAAGGGUGGUCCUUUUGGUCGAGAGGCAACAAGUCAGUACCGAACAAUGAAGGUGGUGAUGGUACGCUUGGGAUCGAUAAUCUGGUUUCUACGCUAGCAAGUAAUGUAUAUAUUCCUUUUAAGGGUGCCGAGAACGAUGGUGUUAAUGUCAUGGAAACGACUACAAAUAAGUCGAAGCACGACCAAGCGGCGACGGAAGAGAACUUGGAUGAAUUGGCGCAGAAGCCCAAUAUUGUUACACCACAGUUUGAGAUUCUACCAGAGAAAUCGAAAUGGAAUGAUAUGAAGGCCAAACUGCGAGAUUAUGCGGUUAGAUGGCAUGUGAUGGAUGAAGAGAAGGAACGAAGACCUAUACUGAAGAGAACUAGUCCCCAAAGACACUUUGAUUUGUUUUCUGAGAAUGGUAAAUCACCCAUUAAAGUUCUGAUAGUUGGAGUUCAUGGUUUCUUUCCAACAAAACUCAUAAGACCCUUCAUUGGCGAACCUACAGGCACAUCGGCAAAAUUUGUACUUGAGGCAGAAGCUAUAGUAAUGAGAUACUUUGAAUCCCAUAAUCAGCAGGUUGAGAUUAGCAAAAUUGCGUUGGAAAAGGAGGGGAAGAUAUUUGAGAGAGUUGAUUAUUUCUUUGAUGUAAUGUCUGAGCUUGCGCAUGAGAUUAAUGAGGCAGACAUAAUUUAUUUUGUUUCGCAUUCUCAAGGUAGUCCUGUAACUAUCAUACUGUUGGCAAAAUUGCUAGAAUGUGGUAUCAUAAAUAUAGAUAAUUCAAAGUUUUUUAAUGGGCCAGCUGAUUAUAAGUUUACAUCGAGCAAGAAGAUUAUCUCAAUCCUUUGCAUGGCAGGAAUCAACAAUGGGCCAUUUUAUGGCGCAGACCAAACUUUAUUUGUAAGAGCAUAUCAAACUAUAGAGAAAGACUCACUUCGAGAAUUAUUUGAAUUUCAGAAGUUCGAUUCGUUACAAUCUAAACAGUUCAUCGAAAGUCUCAGGACGCUGAUAAAAAAUAAUGCCAAAAUCACUUUCGUAGGUUCUAUCAAUGAUCAGCUAGUUCCCUUGUAUUCAUCGACAUGCCUUUUUGCACAUCACCCCAAUAUCUUCAGAGCUACAUUUGUGGAUAAGGGCUCUCAAACGCCUGACUUCAUUACGAGAAUUGUUAAGAUUGCUGGCAGUCUAAUCAAUCUUGGUUAUGAUGAUCAUGGAAUUAUCAAAGAAAUUAGUGGCUCUUUGGCAGGUCCAUUAACUGGGGGAGGGCACUCAACAAUAUAUAGAGAAGUACAAGUGUAUGAGCUCGGAAUUAGAUUUGCACUGGAAACAACAGAUGAUUUCAUUGACUUAGCCGUAGACUAUACGCCAUACCAGCUAUGUGAUCUUGGAGCUAACACUUACCAUUUACCAUGGUGCAUGCGUGGACUUCUCUAUGAAACUGACCGGCAUUUAAAUAAGGAUGAAAUCAAUCUACUAUUUCAGGAAUUUGAAAAUUGGGAGCCUGCCACUAAACAGCUAAAGGAUAUCAAAUACAGACUCAAUGGUAUAAGAUACAAGUUGUGA